AUGUCGUCAGCAACAAUCACUUCAUUGACGAUCGCUUAUCAAAAAGUGGUUAUCUGUAUGGGUAUUCCUAUUUUAUUCCUCGGUCUUAUCGGUGGCAUUUUUAAUGUAUUUGUGUUUCUAAGUCUUCGAACAUUUCGACAAAGUUCCUGUGCAUUUUAUUUAACAAUUAUGUCGACAUUAAACAUUGUUCAACUAAUAACUGGUUUAUUAUCACGUAUUCUCAUCAGUGGUUUCGAUAUUGAUCUUACACGUAGUUCGAUGUUCUAUUGUAAAGUUCGAACAUUCAUUUUCCAAAUUGCAGCAGCAAAUUCUUUCGCCUGUAUCUGCUUGGCAACGAUAGAUCAAUAUUUUGCCACAUGUGCACGUCCUCGAUGGCGACAAUGGAGCAACAUUCGAUUAGCAAGACGUCUUCUCAUCGUUAUAAUUCUAUUGAUUGUCAUCGAACAGGUGCCCUGUUUGAUUUAUUACGAUCAAAAACGAUUACUGUCGUCGAAUGAAACAAUUUGCACAACCACCACUGGUGACUUUGACAAAUUCAACACAUAUUUUAAUUAUCUCGUUGUUGGAAACUUACUACCUCAAACAAUAGCCUGUACGUUUGGUAUUCUCGCUCAUCGAAAUAUUCAACAAAUAAGUUAUCGCACUGCUCCAUUAGUUCGACGAGAACUUGAUAAACAGUUGAGCGCGAUGGUUCUUGUUCAAGUUUGUUAUAUGUGUGUGAUACUUUCAUCGCAUUUCGUUAUUUAUAUGAUUGCAGUCUAUGGAAAUAUUAAAGAUUCUAUCGUUCAAAUGCAAAUUAAUCUCGUCUAUGUAGUUAGCCUUUGUUUGUACUAUUCUCAUUUUGCUUUCCCAUUCUAUAUUUAUAUGAUUGUUUCCGAACGUUUUCGUCGACAAUUCAAGUAUGUUGCUUUUAAGAUGCACAUGGAUUGUUGGCGACCAGAUCGUGUUGGUCCAGAUAUACUUACCAACUCGACAUAG